CCCGGCUCCGCUAACCGGACCAUUUAAAAUAAUUCGAAACCGAAAACAGUCUAGUCCACCCCUCUGCUGCGUCACCUUAUUAGUCAAUUCAUUGGCUCAUUCCACCGCCCACUGCUUACACUAGAAAGAGCGUGGUGUAGUUUAAAUCAUGAGCAGACACUCGGGCAGCUCAGAACAGCUGCCUCAGGAUUCUUUUAACUCGCGUUACAACUCACUUCGUAGAAAUGACUGCAAUAAGGAACAUUACCAAUUGACUGGUUCUGAAAGUACAUGCAAGCAUUUUGUCCUGAUUUAACUGUCAAAGAACAUCCGUGGACUUGGAGAUGCCAGCUGCCGUCAUGGAAAACUUUGACCGAGGAAGUCCUUUUUCUCAAAGUGAUUCUCAAAGCCCUCAAGAAUGGAACACAUCAGAUCGCAGAGAGAAAAACAGAGAUGCAGCUCGCAAGAGUCGCAAGAAACAGACCGAAAAAGCAGACUUGUUGCAUGAGGAGCUCCAGACUCUAGAGCAGGCUAAUGCUGCAUAUGUAAAAGAAAUUGCUGAUCUGAAGAAGCAGCUACAAAUCUACAAAACGGCUUUGGAACAGCAUGAACCUCACUGCACUAGACUGGGUUCAUUUGGACCACCAGCUAGUGUGUCAGGAGCUCCAUCAACAGCAACACCCUCUACCUCAGAUUACAUCUCGAGUCCAAACCUCUUGGCGGACAUUACAUUCUUACCAAACACUAAUUCAGUAUCACUAACGGAUCUCUUCGACUGGACUCCUUGGGACUCAAUGAAUGAUAAUGGCUUUCAGCUUUGAAGCGCUGUACAGUCAGGUACUGUACAUUUUAAGUUGGUGACUUACACACUACUACGGAGAGAUUUUAUUGGGCUUAAAAAUGGUGCUAAAACAUAAGCAAGAUGUGGAAAUGUUAUAUUUUAUAAUUUAUUCAAAUAUUAUUUACUGAUGCAAUAAUUAAUUUGCAUGUAGCUUUGUGUUUAAAAUGGGCAUUAUUUUAUAUAUGUAUAUAUUUCUACAAGACUACAGCCUUUUAUGGCUACGUGAUGCUUUAUUUUGUAAAGAGAAUUUCCUUUUUAUUUUUAUAAAUGAUAUUUUGUUGAUUUAUAAAUUGUUUAUAUUGAAAUAUAAAUCAAUCAUGUGACGCACAUUAAUAUCACUGUUUUUAUGAGUUGUAAGCUUUUGUUCAGGUCAGUGACUAAAAUAUCUUACUAACAUUUUUACUUUAUUCAGAAAGUAAAAGAAAUCUAAAAGUUUAUCUAUCUAUAAAUAUAUAUCAGUAUAUAAGUCAGAAUUAUU